GGCUCGCGGGAACCUGCCACCGGCGCCUCCCACCGCGGCCCACGCGGGCGGCGCGCGGAGGAGGGGGCGGGGGCAGCGGCGGCUGUAGCGGCCGCGACCUGGGCGGGCUGAGGAGUGUGACGGGCCUCGGGGCCGCUGUGGAUGGUUUCUAAAAUGAUCAUUGAAAACUUCGAGGCACUCAAGUCCUGGCUCAGCAAGACUCUCGAGCCCAUCUGUGAUGCAGAUCCAUCAGCCCUAGCAAAAUACGUUCUCGCUUUGGUAAAGAAAGACAAAAGUGAAAAAGAGUUAAAGGCAUUAUGUAUUGAUCAACUGGAUGUAUUUCUUCAAAAAGAGACGCAGAUAUUUGUGGAAAAACUUUUUGAUGCUGUGAAUACAAAGAGUUACCUACCUCCUCCAGAGCAGCCAUCAUCAGGAAGCUUGAAGGUAGAAUUUUUUCAGCACCAAGAAAAAGAUAUAAAAAAAGAAGAGAUCACAAAGGAGGAAGAGCGAGAGAAGAAGUUUUCUAGAAGGCUAAAUCACAGUCCUCCCCAGUCAAGCUCCCGAUACAGAGAAAAUAGAAGUCGUGAUGAGAGGAAGAAAGAUGAUCGUUCUCGAAAAAGAGAUUAUGAUCGAAACCCUCCUCGAAGAGAUUCGUACAGAGACCGGUACAAUAGAAGACGAGGGCGAAGUCGCAGUUAUAGCAGGAGUCGGAGUCGAAGCUGGAGUAAAGAGAGGCUUCGUGACAGGGAUAGGGAUAGAAGCAGGACUAGAAGCAGAAGCAGGACACGAAGCAGGGAAAGGGACCUGGUAAAACCUAAAUACGACCUGGAUAGAGCAGAUCCAUUAGAAAACAAUUAUACUCCAGUCUCUUCGGUACCUAACAUUUCAUCUGGCCACUACCCUGUACCUACUUUGAGCAGCACUAUUACAGUAAUUGCUCCUACUCAUCAUGGUAAUAACACUACCGAAAGUUGGUCUGAAUUUCAUGAAGACCAAGUGGACCAUAACUCAUAUGUAAGACCACCAAUGCCAAAGAAACGGUGUAGAGACUAUGAUGAAAAGGGCUUCUGUAUGAGAGGAGACAUGUGCCCCUUUGAUCAUGGCAGUGACCCGGUAGUUGUAGAAGACGUGAAUCUUCCUGGUAUGCUGCCUUUCCCCGCACAGCCUCCUGUUGUUGAAGGACCACCUCCUCCCGGACUCCCUCCCCCUCCACCAAUUCUUACACCCCCACCUGUGAAUCUGAGACCUCCAGUGCCACCACCAGGCCCCUUACCACCCAGUCUACCACCUGUCACAGAUGAUAUUUCUUAUUCUUUGGUUUUGACAGGACCACCACCUCCACUUCCUCCUUUGCAGCCAUCCGGCAUGGAUGCUCCCCCAAACUCUGCAACCAGUUCUGUUCCUACUGUAGUAACAACUGGCAUUCAUCACCAGCCUCCUCCUGCUCCACCUUCUCUUUUUACUGCAGUUUUUGUAUUACCAGAUACAUAUGACACAGAUGGCUACAAUCCUGAAGCCCCAAGCAUAACAAAUACUUCCAGACCUAUGUAUAGACACAGAGUGCAUGCACAGAGGCCUAACUUGAUAGGACUAACAUCAGGAGAUAUGGAUUUGCCACCCAGAGAAAAGCCUCCUAAUAAAAGCAGUAUGAGGAUAGUAGUGGAUUCAGAGUCAAGGAAAAGAACCAUUGGUUCUGGGGAGCCUGGAGUUCCUACAAAGAAGACAUGGUUUGAUAAACCAAAUUUUAAUAGAACAAACAGUCCAGGCUUCCAGAAAAAGGUUCAGUUUGGAAACGAAAAUACCAAACUUGAACUUAGAAAAGUUCCUCCAGAGUUAAAUAAUAUCAGCAAACUUAAUGAGCAUUUUAGUCGAUUUGGAACCUUGGUUAAUUUACAGGUUGCCUAUAAUGGUGAUCCUGAAGGUGCCCUUAUCCAAUUUGCAACAUAUGAAGAAGCAAAGAAAGCAAUAUCAAGUACAGAAGCAGUGCUAAACAAUCGCUUUAUUAAGGUUUAUUGGCACAGAGAAGGAAGCACCCAGCAGUUACAAACUACUUCUCCAAAGGUAAUGCAGCCUUUAGUCCAGCAGCCCAUUUUGCCUGUAGUGAAGCAGUCAGUCAAAGAGCGGUUGGGUCCAGUACCUUCAAGUACUAUUGAACCAGCAGAAGCCCAGAGUGCCAGUUCAGACCUUCCUCAGAAUGUAACUAAGUUAUCUGUGAAGGACAGGUUGGGUUUUGUAUCAAAGCCAUCUGUUUCAGCAACUGAAAAGGUGUUGUCUACAUCUACUGGCCUAACAAAAACGGUGUAUAAUCCAGCUGCUUUGAAGGCUGCACAAAAAACCUUACUUGUUUCCACCUCUGCAGUUGAUAAUAAUGAAGCACAGAAAAAAAAACAGGAGGCACUGAAACUUCAACAGGAUGUAAGGAAAAGGAAACAAGAAAUUUUAGAAAAGCACAUUGAAACACAGAAGAUGUUAAUUUCAAAACUGGAGAAAAACAAAGCAAUGAAGUCUGAAGAUAAAGCAGAGAUAAUGAAAACUUUAGAAGUUUUGACAAAAAAUAUUACCAAAUUGAAAGAUGAGGUCAAAGCUGCUUCUCCUGGACGCUGUCUUCCCAAAAGUAUAAAAACCAAGACUCAGAUGCAGAAAGAAUUGCUUGACACAGAACUAGAUUUAUAUAAGAAGAUGCAAGCUGGAGAAGAAGUCACUGAACUUAGGAGAAAGUAUACAGAAUUACAGCUGGAGGCUGCAAAACGAGGGAUUCUUUCAUCUGGUCGCGGUAGAGGAAUUCAUUCAAGAGGUCGAGGUGCAGCUCAUGGCCGAGGCAGGGGUCGAGGUCGAGGUCGAGGUGUGCCUGGUCAUGCUGUGGUGGAUCACCGUCCCAGGGCAUUGGAGAUUUCUGCAUUUACAGAGAGUGAUAGAGAAGAUCUGCUUCCUCAUUUUGCGCAAUAUGGUGAAAUUGAAGAUUGUCAGAUUGAUGACUCUUCACUUCAUGCGGUAAUUACAUUCAAGACGCGAGCAGAAGCUGAAGCAGAGAUAGGGCCACUCCACUUUUCCAUUUUUCUCUUUUCUCAGCUGGCCCAGAACAAGUCUACUUUGGCAGAAUGAGUGGUGAAGGAUAAGGUAGAAGCUGAGAUACAAUCCUGAUGGCUGCUCUUCUUAACCAUCCCUCAUCUGCUGCUUCCUAGUCCCAGUUGGCUGAACCCUAAAGAAGUGUCCCUGGCUCAGCAUACCCUCAGCUGGGCCUCUACAGUUUUUUGUCCAAGACAUGAUAUAUUGUGCUAGCUUUUAGAGUUCUUUUCAUAUAGUUGUCUUAAUAUGUGUAUCUUGAAUUGUCUUUCCAAAGAACGACCAGAAGUAUUUGCAGUCUUGUCUGUCUUCUGGGUUUAAAGGAUUGAAAGAAGGGAAACUGUGUGUAAGGUAUAGGGGAUUCAUAGGAACCUUUUUAGCCCUUUGUGUUCUUUCUUUGGGAUUGUAGAGAAAUAGAGGUACCAUCUGACCUCGGGAAAAUGUAUUAAGUGUUCUAAACAGUUAACCUAAUGUGAAUAGAAGAGUUGAAUGUUUUUCAGAAAUUUUAAGUUGAGUGUGGUCUAAAUAAGUUUCGAAAAUCUUCAGAAUUGAUUUAUCCUCUUUGUAGCAAAUACUCCCUGCCAACACACGAUACAUUGCUUGUGCUUACCUGGUAGGAGUUGCUUUUGGAGCAUUGUAACCUGUGAAAGACUCGGGGUCUGAUAAGUCUCAGAGAAGUGUUGAGCUGGGCCCUGGAAUAACACGGUUUCUAGGUCAGGCGGGUGGGUAGUGGAUAGUUUUAUAGAAUAGGAUUUCCUCAUCCCAGAGUUUUAUUUUAUUAAAUCUAGUUUGUAGUAAUCUUUUAUUCAAAGUUCUUUUGUGAAAAUAAAAGGUAAUUUAUAAUUGAUGAGAGUUUAAAACUUUCUUAUAAAUUUUUGUAUGUAUAUAUGUUAUUGAAAGAAUAGAUCUUUGAUCAAAUUUUCUCUCGGAGGUGUUGUUGAGUACAAGUUAACAAUAAACUUCCCUUAACCGAUGGCUUCAGUGUCAGUUUUCAGUGUAAUGUUGGAUAGGUAGUUUGAGUACCAUCUUUUUAUGUUGUGUAUUUUCUAGGAAGUAGUCGUAUUAUAAAACAAUGGCAGUUGUUAUGUUCAAAUGGUUACAAUAUUACCAAGUUGUGAAUUUAGUAAAUACUUUAAAAAUGUAUAAACUACUUCUCCCUGCCUACAUAAAUGGGUGAGAGGGGAAAAAAAAAAGAAAAAAAAAUCUUUGCCUCUUACAUAAUUUUUGGAUGUUUUGCUUUUGGUAAGUAAGACCUAUUGACAUAUGCCUUCCUUCUGGGGUUUUGCUUUUUCUACCUCAUUGUAAAUUUUUUAAUAUAUGUUUUUAUACUGUGCAUAUAUUUUCCAAAGGAAUAGUAAUCUCUUUUGAGACCAGGAUUAAUGUAUAAAAAAUACUUUAACAAUGAAUUAUAUGAAGGUUGAAUAAGUGGCAAAAUAACUUAGGUUAAAUUAAAUCUGAUGAGAGUUAGCUUUUCAAGGUAAAUACCAUUUUAGUUGGAUUACUUAACAGACUAAAAGGAACAACUACCAUUGCUAUGAUAAACACUUGGAAUUCAGUUAUAGAAGUUGUUAAAACAUGAACAUUUCCUUAAGCCUAAAAAUUUUCUUAAAAUUUUGUUAACACUCUGCUUUAGAACAGAAAAUUAACUUGAAGCUUAUACUUUACAAGCAGAAUAUAGGCUAAAGCAGUGGUUUUCACACUUCCAGAUUUCAAGGAACAUUAAGGUUUAGGAAUUUAAAAAUUAGUAUGUUUGACAUUGGGGUGCCAGUUGUUAAUUUUGUCAAGGAAGAAUGCUCAAAAAGUACAAAAAAAGGGUUGCUUGUAUCAUCAUCAUUAUAUAAAACAAAGAAAAAUGUAAUACCAAAAUGUAGGAGGAUAUAAACUCCAAGAAAAAGAAUAGGCCUUCCCAAGAAAAGAAAAUUAUCAACCUUUGCUAAUGUUUAUUUCCAAAUAUGUCAUUGUUCAUAGUUUCUGAACCAUUGUAUUAGAUGGUUGAAUGUGUGUAUCAGUAUUUUCUAAAGUCAGUAGAUGCAUAAUAUUUCAAAGUGAAAGUAUUGGAAUAAGAUAAUUGAGACAUUUGAAUAUGACUGAAAAGAGAGAAAUUUUCCCCAGGAAAGAGGUUGAAAUAUUUUAAGGAGUAAUGAUAUAACAGAACCAUUUUCGCUUUAGAUUAAGAUGAUUAAGGUUUGACUCUGGUUAGUUAAAAGAUGGAUCCUACUGCUUUAUUUUCUAAUUUCCGGUUUGUCUGUCACCACCCCAAUGUCCUAAAGUUGAAUAAGUACCCAAACAGGACAGGAAAAAAUAACCUCUUCCCAUGACUGGUUAGAAUGUUAUUUUUCCCACCCUGAAUUAUUCCUAUACUUUUAUAAGAAACCAGGAUCCAGUUUUAGAAUAGGAAUAAAGUUCUUAUUUUAUAAGAAUCAGUUCCAAAGAUAAAACUACAGACCCAAAGUCAAAGAGGUGUAUAACUUUUUGUAUUGAAAGGAAUCUUGUUCUAUUUGUGCAUUUUUGACACUCAUGCCUCAGCUCCUAGUAGUUAUGAGGAUUCAUUGAUUAAAAACUUGUAAGGUAUACUUAGAACAGUGCCUGGAACAUAAUAAACCCUGUUAACAUUAGCUAAUAUUAAUAUUAUUGUUUGUGUUGUGUGUGUGUGUGUGUGUGUGUGUGUGUGUGUGUGUGUGUAAGUGUAAGUGUAAGAAUGAGGAUUGACUGGUAAAUCAGUGAAACCAAAAAGAAACAAGAUGGAGUAAAUGAUUUCAAGACUCUGAUUUUGACCUGAAGUUAGAAGUGCAAAAUUGGAUUCAUAAGGAAUAGUGCAGCAUCAGCAGUUGAAGGUGAUGGGGCUGACUGAGUCAAUACUAAAUUUAUAGCAAGCACAAAAUGUGUAAGUGGAUUCAAUCAAACAAAUCAAAUCAUGUGUAAAACAGACACUUUAUGUGUGUGUUCUUACUGACUGACAAUAGUUGCAAAGAACUGCUAUGUGAUGGGCACUGUGCUAUGAGAAUUAGUAAAUCUAAAUCUGAAGCUUGUGAGAAAGUGGCUAGGCAGCUUGAACUCAAGAGCUAAAGGAAUAGAAAUCUUUCCCUAUAAAAGUUCUAAAAUUUAGAUUUUACAUUUUUUUUUUGGUGGCUGUUUAAUGUAACUCCUGCUAAACAUCAUACACUGUGGUUAUUACAAACAUUAGUAAACUUGGUUUUAACCUACUUUUAUAGAUUAGAUUUAUCAUUAUGGUUACUAAAACUGUAAGGUACACUAGGAUUGCAGCUUUAGCUCUUCUGACCUUGUUCAGUUUUCCCCACAGUGUUUUUAUAGGACACUGGUUCUGUAAGAGCUCCCCUAACAAAGGAUUCUCUUGUCAGAUAAGUUUGUGAAGAGCUACAUUUUGUAUAUUCAAUUUAGAUUUAUCAUCUAAAUGACUUGAAAAGGCAAAAGACAAACAUUCCUGUUUAAUUUUGUUUAAUUCAACUUUUUCCAAAUGUUAAUUGUUUCCAGAAUUAUUUUCCUUGUAAGAUUUGGAAUCUGCCUCAUAACUGCUUUUUAUACUUUUCCCCACUUUCUUCAUUUGUCUGAUCUUCAACUUUUUUUCCUUCUGUUGUGUGUAUUCAUGCUUUUUUUCCUUCCUAAUUUGCCUCAAACUUUGAAUGACUGUGCAAAAAAAAUUAGGAAAAGUUCUAGAGUGAGCCUAUGAAUAAAAUACUUCAGCUUUUAAACAGACUUUUUGUUUACACUUCAUAACACAGAAAUUAGAAUUGUAAAAUGAACCUCCACAUGCUCAUCAUCAAGCUUCAGCAAUUAUCUACUUAUGAUCAGUCUUAUUUUGUCAUAUCCCACCCACUGCAACCCUCUACCUCUUUAUUUUGGAGCCAUUCCCAGUCAUCGUGUCAUUUUAUCUGUAAGCAUUUCAGUAUGUCUUUCUCAAUAUUAGAGUCUUUAAAAAAAAAUAUAAUUACCACACCUAAAUAUUUCCUCAGUGUUAUCAAAUACCCAGAGUUUACACUUCCCCAGUUUUUUUUAAAAAUAUAUUUCUUAGUUUAUUUAAGGAUCCAGAGUAAGUUUCAUAUUUUAAGUGAUUGGUAUACACAAUUAUGAAUUCAUGAAUUUAAACAUUUCAUGGGUAUUGAUCCGUUGUUCUCAGUUACUGAUGUAUUGUUCCAUCUUUGGCUAGUGGCCAGAUACAGGUUUGUUCCUGAGUUCUUUUGACAGGACUCUAGUGGGUUAUGAUACUUUCUUUGCUUUCUGAUAUAAAAAGGUGUUCUGAGUUCAUCUUAUACAUUUUCUCUUCCAGACCAGGAACUGGCCAUUUCUCUAAGGAGCUCUGAUUCUUUUUACUGGGAAAGGUAUUUAGAGACCACAAUCUGAGUCCUAGGGGUGCUCACUACUACUAAGUAUGUUACUGUAACUAAUAUUUUUCAGUGGUCAGAGCUUAGAGUGAAAAAAAUUACAUUCAUACAUAUAAAUAUAUACAUACAUGGUUAUAUUCACAUGUAUAAAGAAAAUUGAAAGCACCUACUGGUAUUUCCCAUUUAAUUCUGGGCUCUGGUUUUAUACACACAUGUAUCCAGGCAUACCUUGUUUUAUUGUGCUUUGCUUUAUUUCAAUUUGCAGGGGUUUUUUGUUUUUUGUUUUUGUUUUUUUUAACAAAUUGAAGGCUUGUGGCAGCCCUGCUUCUAGCAAAUCUGUCAGUGCCCUUUUUCCAGCAGCAUUUGCUCACUAUAUGGCUCUGUCACAUUUUGGUGAUAUUCACAAUAUUCCGAACUUUUUCAUUAUUAUUACAUUUAUUAUGAUGAUCUGUGGUGAUUUGGGGGAACCAUGAACCAUGCCCAAAUACAACGGUAAACUUAAUUGAUAAAUGUAUGUGUUCUGACUGCUCCAUUGACCAGUUAUUCCCCAUCUUUCUCCCUCUCCUCAGGCCUCCCUGUUCCCUGAGAUACAACAAUAUUGAAAUUAGGCCAGUUGAUAACCCUCCAGUGGCCUCUAAGUUUUCAAAUGAAGGGAAGAAUUGUACAUCUCUCACUUUAAUAAAUCAAAAGCUGGAAAUGAUUAUACUUAGUGGGAAAUGCACAUCAAAAGCUGAGAUAGGAUGAAAGCUAGGCCUCUUUCUCCCAAUAGUCAGCCAGGUUGUGAGUGCAAAGGAGAAGUUCUUGAAGGGAACUGAAAGUGCUACUCCAGUGAGCACAUGAACGAUGAGAAAGUGAAACAGCCUUGUUGCUGUUAUGGGGAAGGUUAGUGAUCUGGAUAAAAGAUCAAGCCAGUCACAACAUCCCCUUAAACCACGGCCUAAUCCAGAGCAAGGCUCUAACUAAUUCUGUGAAGGCUGAGAGAGGUAAAGGAACUGCAGAAGAAAAAUUUGAAGCUAGCCAAGGUUGGUUCAUGAGGUUUAAGGAAAAACGCCAUCUCCAUAAUACGAAAAUGCAAAUUGAAACAGCAAGUGCCGAUGUAGAAGCUGCAACGAGUUAUUCAGAAGAUCUAGCUCAGAUAAUUAAUGAAGAUGUCUACCCUAAACAGAUUUUCAGUGUAGGUGAAACAGCCUUAUAUUGGAAGAAGAUGCCAUCCAGCUUUUUCAUAGGUAGAGUGGAAAAGUCGGUGUCUGGCUUCAAAGGUCAGGUUGACUCUCCUAUUAGGUCAGUGCAACUGUUGACUUGAAAUUGAAGCCAUUUGUCAUUUACCAUGCCGAAAAUCCCAGGGCCCUUAGAUUUAUGCUAAAUCUACUCUGCCUAUGCUUUAUAAAUGGAACAGCAAAGCCUGGAUGAUGGCAUCCAGUAAAUAAUUUUUAAGUUAAAACUUCAGAGAGUUGUAGGUUCACCUUAUAAAUUUGAAGAAGUGUGUGCUGAAUAUAGAGAUUUACAAAAUUAAGUCAUAAGAAAUUUUUGAAGAACUUACUAUGGAAAAUCUCUAACACUUUUUGCUUUUUUGGUUGGAUAAAACAUGAGUUUAAAGUGUAGACAUUUUGCAUGAGACAAUUGGAAUUCCUUACAGGAAUAUAUUUUUAUGUAAUAGUUAUAGCUUGAAAAAAUUACAGUUUGUUUCUGAACUUAUGUAUAAGUACUUAAAAUUUUUUUUAGUUAUAUGACAUGAGGGGGCCAUGGACUUAAAACUCUUGAGCUGCAUUUUAAUAGGCACGAAAUCUUUUAAAUUUAUUAUAAAUUUCUAUGUGCAGAUUUAAAAUUUAUACCUGGGGACUUUAAUAUCACACAACUCAUGGUCAAAUGUCAUUGAACAUGUAAUUGUUUCUACAUUUCACAUUAUGCUGUAUUUUGAGAUUGUGCAAUAAAUCUUUUGUGACUAUGAGUUAUUUCGGUAUGUUGCUAACAUUGAUUUAUGUUAGUUCACAUUGCUUGAAUUUGAAAGAACUGUUUCCAAAGCAGCCACUAAAUGUGGCAAGUACUUAGACUCAGUUUUAUUAUACGCAGUUCUGAAAGCUAAGUUCAGAGUUUUUUUUUCUUCAUUGAGAUAGUCGUAUUUUGUAAAAAAGUGAUGCAGCAAACAUUUUAUGGUAUUUGUGAUUAUUUGAUGUAAUUUAAAAAUAAGUACUUCACACAUGCAAAAUUAUUCUUGUAUUUAUUAAAGAUUUCUAGUUUAUAGUUACUUCAUGAGCCAUUUGUAAAUUAAUAAGAAUUAAAAUGCAAUAAGAUACAUUUAGCCUAUUGAUUCUAAUUUAGACUUUUUUUUUUUUUUCGAAUUUAGACUUUGAUUCAGAAUCUACAGCCAGGAUCUUGGAAGUUCUUCGAGAUUAUUGCUUUGAAUAGCAAUUCUCAUUGUACUAUAAUAGAAAUGUAGACAUAGUUCUUCUAAUGAGAUAUUGGCCAGUAGUGAAAUAGCUGUACUCAAUUUGAGAAAUUAUUCUUGUUUUCUUUUUAAAGGAAUUUACAGUCACUAGCCUGAUUUUAGAAGUAAAUAACCAUAAAAAGCUGCAGUUCAUGGAGCUCGUUUCAAAGGGCAGGAUCUAAAACUGGCCUGGAAUAAACCAAUAGCUAAUAUUUCAGCUGUUGAAACAGAAGAAGUUGAACCUGAUGAAGAGGAA